CGCCGAGAGUAUCUGGUAGUCAUACGCUGGCCCGUUGCGAGCCCGCUGAUGUAGCUGCGCUGUUCUCGCUUCUAGUGAGUUGCGUCCACGUUAUAUGCGUUACGCAGUGACAACCGCGUGUUUCGAUCCGAUCGAAGUGUGCCUGCGAAGAGUCGGUAGAUCUUCGUAGGCCCAUCAGUUCUUGUCGUCGCUUAUGACCAACGUUUAUUCGUAAUAUAAAGGUGCGAAAGGUGCGAAAAGCUUGUCGUGCGAUUCUCGCGAUUGUCUCUUUCGAAGACGGUCGAGUGGUUAUCUUCCAAUUUUCGGCAGAACAACGGUACAGUUGAAGUGGCCGUGAUAGCCGGCGGGACCAAAGCGCUUAGUAUCUCGGUGUACCUCAAAGCCGACAUAUCCGGCGAGGAUUGCUCACAUGGUCCAUGUUUUGUUUCUGUGAUUACCUCGCCGUGGCUCCCUCUCGAUCGCUUCCGCUCGCGGCGACGAGCUACUAUCGUGUCUAAAGCGCGCGCUUCAGCGACCUCGUGUGCGAGACCAGCGUGCACGACGCGACGAGAAGACUCGCGGAUAAGCUCGUGGAACAUUCCGCUGACGCGGGAUGCUCGGACUACAGUGGUGCUUUCAGUGAGAUGCUUGCCGAUAGACGUGGUGGCGGUAGUAGCUAUAGGAUCAUUGACACGACGAUCCCCGAACCCCUAAUCAACAAUCUGGUUGUCAUCGGCAGCGGGAACGCGUUAACGUCCAAUGUCUCGAGCGACCCUCGUUCGGAUGAAAUCGUGUGAUUGACAUUAUCCCGAACGGUCGAACCGUUGUAGUAUCGAGGAUUCGCGCCUCGUACUGCGUUUUCCAUCAUUUUCUCUGUCUCUGCCUCUCCGCCACGAAGCGGAUAAUCCGUAGAAGGAAAUGCGACGUCAUUGACGGCAUUUAAACCGACGGUACGACCGACGCUCGCGACGUUAGUUCGCGUAAAGUGCAUUGAACGACUUCGUGAUCGCUUACUCCGUGAGGCGUCUUACGUGAGAGAGAAGUAGUAGAGUAGAAACGGAGUACUGAGAAGAGAGAAAAUUUACUGUUCCAGACAAGAGCUCGAGAUUCCCCUGCAUUUCCCGGAAGAUCGGUGUUACGUUUUUUACAAGACUGAUCGAGACGCUCAAAAAAGCUUGCGGCAAUUGAACGGAGAAAUGGAUACAUUCUUGAUUAUCGGCAUCUGCUUCUUCUGCUACGAGAUGUGCGAUUUAAUCAGGCGGUAUACCGCCCCGCAAGCGAUAGAGACGCAAUGCCCGGCGGAAACGACCACCAAGGCACUGCCCCCGCAGAAGAUAUAUUCGAUUUCUCGCAAGAUUCAAGGACCCCGCGCCUGUUGCCCGCAAUAGAUCGCGCCUUUGAUUUCGAUACGGAUAAUUUUAUCUAUAGAGUCGUCGUUUAACAUUUGUUAGUGUGGGAAACGAGCCGCUUUGUGCGAACUACGGCGGACAAAGGAUCACCACUUCGCCAAACCUCAAACGGAUGUAGAAUUCCGCCGGACCGACCCGGAGCAAAUGGAUAGCCGCGCGAGAUGGAUUUACAGUUCCACGCAGUGAUAACAGACGCCCGUCUCGGAGAUUCAUGAUGUUUACGGAGGUCCGAGGCAGCGACGCGAUCGAUAAUGAUUUGUCAGCUGUUACGCCACCUGGAACGUAGACCAGCGGAUCGACCAGUUCUUAGGUGAUGAUUCGUAGACGUGAUACGAUCGAGGACCAAUUCGCAAUUCUUGUCGGCAAACGUGUCGUUUCAUUCAUAAAUGCUCCUCAAGGAAAUAAGGCGCGCUAGUUGCGAAUCGAUAAGACACGAUGAGUAGGAUCCGCCGGGCAGUUUAGCCCACGGACAACGAAACGAUUCGCUGACGUAAUGGUUACCAAUGUUGUUUGAUAUUCGCGGAUGUGUGCGGAUGUACCGACGAUGCAAUUGCUCGAUUGGUACGCGUGAAAUCGGCAGUGGCAAAAUUCACUCGAGCGACACUAGUCUCUACGACGCAUGCGGUACACGCCGUCAUCGCGUAACAUGGAAAGCAGAGAGAGAGAUAGAUCGUCGUUAGGCUUUUAAGAGAGCCGGCAAGUGAUAUCGAUUCAGAACGUCGCGACCGAUAGCUCGCCACGAGAGUGAGGGAAAAGCAAACUCGUUUGACGAACUCUUCAGUACGUGCCUGUGAAUGCAGACUUUAGAACGGCGUUAGACGCCGAACGUUGUCGAUGCGACCGCACCGGGCCGCGUCACAUAAACAAGAAGUGAAGUUUCUUUUGUGUACCUCAGUUAAACUGGUAUGGUCGUGAAUGGUGGUGCAUUAUUCCUCAAAGUGUAACGCGCAUCGUGUGUCGACAUCCUAAGGAAGAGGAGAGAAGUAGUAACAUCGAUGCCUCGUUUACACGUCGUGAUUGAAUAUGUUCACUGCCCGUAACUCAAUCUUUACGUCCACGAUCGUAUCGAAAAGUUUUUGCAAAAAGAUUCGCGGUUGUUGUAGAACUAUAUUAUGACGCAAAUAUGUUUUGCGUCGAAAUUCGAAAAGCAGAGGGCUGAUAGCUUCAAGUGUGAACAAGUGAAAUUAGACUGCAGCGCUGUUAUAUUUCGCAGUUGCCUGUAAAGUGCAAAGGUCCAAUUUACCUUUAACAAAAGCGUUAACUUAAUAAAAUAUGCUCACAGUGCGUUGCCAUCGGUGAAAUUUCUUCCCGAAAUAGAAAUGGCAUUUGCACUGUUUUUAUAAUUACACGUUUUAGCAACAAAAAAAAAGACUCAACGUCAAGUGAAAGCGUCGUAAAUUAAAUUGCUGCGAUGUGUUUUCUUAUACUGUAUAAUGUGAUUCAUGAUGCAUACGUCAAGGCGCUUGCCGACCGAUCGUGAGGGUGUUUCUGAUCAACCAAAGUGGGAUUUCUCGUGCCAGAAGAUUUAGCGCGAGGACACGAGGAGAGAUACAUUCAUCAAUGCGACGAAGGGGAGGGCCAUGAGUAAUGCUCGAUACGACCACCUCCGAAGUUCGAUGCUCCGAUGCCAUGACGCUCUCGUGACCCCUUUUUGGCCGAUAACCCGAGAGAGAUCAAAACGAGAGAUCAUCGAAAACUAGAAGACAUGGACUCGCUGGAGCGCCUAAUGAGUUCCCGUUCUCACCCAGCUCUCACAGCGGCCACGCGAUCGCAGAAUGCCUUUGUACAGGCCAACCUCUGCUCCGUGAUAGGCCGUAAAGGGCGACACCUCAAUGGAACCUUUUGUUUAACCGGGGAUACGAUGGAAGGCAUCAUACAGUGCCUGGUCUUCCUCAAAGCUUUUUCGCUCGUGGGCGGUGAAUUCGACAUGGAGCUGAAUUUCGUGAUACAGGACGCACAGAACAUCAGGCACAUGCUGGAGCUUCUCGACCAUUGCCCACCCAAUCUCCAGGCUGAAAUAUGGAGCGUCUUUAUUGCGAUUCUCAGAAAAAGUGUCCGAAAUUUACAAGCAUGUACGGAUGUGAGUCUCAUAGAACACGUCCUGCAUCGAUUAUCUCGUGCGGAAACUGUUGUAGCCGAUUUGUUAAUCGAUAUGCUGGGGGUGCUGGCAAGCUACAGCAUAACGGUGAAAGAAUUGAAACUUUUGUUCGGCGCUAUGAAAUCCGUUAAAGGAAAGUGGCCACGGCAUUCGGCGAAACUAUUAAAUGUCCUCCGCCAAAUGCCGCAACGAAAUGGGCCCGAUGUGUUUUUCAGUUUCCCCGGCAGGAAGGGCUCGGCGAUUGUCUUGCCGCCUCUUGCAAAGUGGCCGCACGAGAAUGGAUUUACCUUUACCACAUGGUUCCGUCUAGAUCCCAUCAACUCUGUUAAUAUCGAACGAGAAAAACCGUACCUCUACUGCUUUAAAACAAGCAAAGGAGUAGGAUACUCUGCGCAUUUCGUAGGCAAUUGCUUAGUCCUGACUUCUAUGAAAAUAAAGGGCAAGGGCUUCCAACAUUGUGUCAAAUACGAAUUUCAGCCACGAAAGUGGUAUAUGAUCGCGGUAGUGUAUAUAUACAAUAGGUGGACAAAAAGUGAAAUUAAAUGCCUGGUCAAUGGUCAGUUAGCGUCGAGUACAGAAAUGACAUGGCACGUUUCGACGAAUGACCCUUUUGACAAAUGUUACAUCGGAGCAACCCCCGAAUUGGACGAAGAGCGCGUGUUUUGCGGACAAAUGAGUGCAAUAUAUUUAUUCAGCGAAGCGCUGACGACGCAUCAGAUAUGCGCGAUGCAUAGACUGGGGCCGGGAUACAAGAGCCAGUUUCGUUUCGACAACGAGUGCUACCUGAAUCUGCCUGACAAUCAUAAAAGGGUACUUUACGAUGGAAAAUUAUCGAAUGCAAUUGUGUUCAUGUACAAUCCAGUAGCAACAGACUCGCAGCUUUGUCUACAGAGUGCACCGAAAGGCAACAUCUCUUAUUUUGUACAUACUCCGCACGCCCUCAUGUUGCAGGAUGUCAAGGCAGUCAUAACACACUCGAUUCACAGCACGUUAAACUCAAUAGGUGGCAUUCAAGUACUGUUCCCGUUAUUCUCACAGCUGGAUAUGCCUUACGACUGCAUAGCGCCGAACGAUAUUAAGCGCGAUCCAACAUUAUGUUCGAAACUGCUCGGGUUUAUUUGCGACUUGGUAGAGAGCUCUCAAACCGUACAACAACACAUGGUACAAAACAGAGGGUUUCUGGUAAUAAGUUUUAUGCUGCAGAAAGCAAGUCGAGAUCAUCUUACGACGGAAGUUCUUGCAUCCUUCUUGGAGCUCACGAAGCAUUUAGUGACUUGUCUUAGCGCAAACAGCGAUUUAUUAUUGAAGCAGUUGUUUUAUUUUUCAUUCCUAACAUGGCAGCUACUGGAUCACGUUCUUUUUAAUCCUGCUCUGUGGAUUUACACACCAGCGCCAGUACAAACACGGCUUUACUCGUACUUGGCCACUGAAUUUCUUAGCGACACACAAAUUUAUUCCAACGUGAGACGUGUAUCAACGGUUCUACAAACUGUGCAUACGCUCAAAUACUACUACUGGGUAGCUAAUCCUCGCGCCAAAAGCGGAAUUACACCGAAAGGACUUGAUGGACCGCGACCGCAACAGAAAGACAUUCUUACAAUUCGUUCUUACAUUUUAUUAUUUUUAAAGCAAUUGAUAAUGAUUGGUAACGGUGUAAAAGACGACGAAUUACAAAGCAUACUUAAUUAUCUAACGACGAUGCACGAGGAUGAAAAUUUGCACGAUGUUUUACAAAUGCUGAUAUCUUUGAUGUCGGAACACCCGUCAUCGAUGGUACCCGCAUUUGAUGCGAAACAAGGAGUGCGAACGAUUUUCAAGCUUUUGGCAGCUGAGAGCCAGCUAAUACGUCUGCAAGCUUUAAAAUUGCUAGGAUUCUUCCUCAGCCGCAGUACACACAAGCGAAAAUACGACGUCAUGAGCCCGCAUAAUCUAUACACGUUAUUGGCUGAAAGACUCUUGUUGAACGAGGAAACACUCACAUUACCGACAUACAAUGUUUUAUACGAGAUUAUGACUGAGCACAUCAGUCAACAAAUAUUGUAUGCCAGACAUCCAGAACCUGAAUCUCACUAUCGUUUGGAAAAUCCGAUGAUCCUAAAGGUAGUCGCGACAUUAAUUCGACAAUCAAAGCAAACGGAACAACUAUUGGAAGUGAAGAAACUGUUUCUCUCAGACAUGACGUUGCUCUGCAAUAAUAAUCGGGAGAAUCGGCGAACUGUCUUGCAAAUGUCUGUAUGGCAGGAGUGGCUUAUUGCUAUGGCUUACAUCCAUCCGAAGAAUACCGAAGAACAGAAGAUAUCCGACAUGGUGUAUUCCUUAUUUCGCAUGCUUCUUCAUCACGCUAUUAAGCAUGAAUACGGUGGCUGGCGUGUGUGGGUUGAUACGCUGGCUAUCGUGCACUCUAAGGUAUCCUAUGAGGAAUUCAAACUUCAAUUUGCACAAAUGUACGAACAUUACGAACGACAGAGAUCCGAUAACAUUACGGAUCCGGAAUUAAGACAGCAAAGGCCAAUCAGCACGAUUUCCGGAUGGGAUCAACAGCAUUCUGGAAGCAAUGGAUAUAAUAGACCAGCGGCUUGGGGAAAUCAGCAAAAUCACGAGAUACAGCAUAUGGAAAGGAAUUACAAGGAGUUUGAUUCAUCUGAGGCAAAUGAACGAUUGGAAGAAUCCUGCAGCUGCGACCUCAAUUCAAUAGACAACACCGAAAGCGAUGGUAGUCCGGCUAUCGUGAAAUCACGUAGCGAGACCUUGGACACACUGCAAUCGUGCGAAGUGGUGUCAUUGGACUCCAGAUUGAGCGAUAAACCGGAAACACCAACUACUGCGCGCGAAACUCACACAGAGACGCCGACGAUUCUCGAAGAAGCGAACAGCGAAGCUGUCUCGUUGCCAACCACGCAAGAAACCAGCGAAGUGAUAUCGAUUGAGAGCUCCAGCGACUUCUACUGUGAGGUGCACAAGAUUGAGAGUUCCAGUCCUGAUUCAAUGAUAGUUCAGGACACGUUGAAAAAAGAAGAAGACACAAUACUUGAGAAACAAUCUGUUGCUGUUACCGAAACCUCUUCAACCGAACAGAUUAAAGAAAGCACAGAAGUGUCAGCCGUUGAAUCAAAAGACCCAGAGGAAACUGUGACAGACACAAACACUCCUGACACAAUUUCCACAACAGCGGACAAAGUUGAAAAUUCACCGGUCGAGAAUGAGGAAGUGAAGGAUAAGUCUGUCGAUGAGAAUAACGUUACGACCGACGAUAUUAAUACGCCCACCAACACUGAAGAUUCCAACAAGACUGCAAUAGUAAUCGAAAAUGCGGCCGACUCUGUUACUUCAAAGGCCGACGUCAAUACCGAUGCCGAUGCCGACACUGAAGAAGAUACCGUGCCAAUUGUCCCUUCUGACGAAACGCGGGAGCCUUUAACGGUUAAAGUUAUCGAGAAGCUCCAGUUAGAGAACGAUCGCGAAGUAGUUGAUAGCGAUACGUCAGAGGCGUACUUGACGCCAACCGAGAAUCAAGAGAGCUCGAGCGAGAUAAAAAGUAGAACGUCCGAAGUUGAAAAAGUCGAGGACGACACCGUCGAGAAAAAGGAUAUUUCUGAAGACAGGGACAUUACCGCUGAGACUGGUGAGAACGACGCAGGGGAAACUGUAAAAAAUCCUAAUUGCUCAACUAGCAUAGUAGAAAGCGGUGAGGCUUGCGCGGAGAAGGCGAUAGAUCUAGAAAGCGAGAAGAUGGAACCCGUUAUAGUGAAUAGUGCGUUAAGUAGUGACGAACGCGCUGCGGAUUCUUUAACGGAGGACAAAAGUGCUGUUAUUAAUGAUAACGAAGACGCGAAGGUAAACGAGAAACACUCAAGGGAGCCGUCCACUAUUUCCACUAGCGUAAGUGAUAAUAAGUCAGACGUUCCGGCGACGACUGGCGAGGUAGAAGUUACAGAUAGUGUUUGUAGUAAUAGCGAUGUUCAAAGUUCUGUAGAUAAUGUGACGCAAGUGCCAAAUCCUAAGCAGCAAAUCCCAACAAUAUCUACGGUCUGUGAUGCAACUAAAAGUUUAUCCGACGGUGUGCCUCAAAUCGUUAGUUCUAAUGUGGUUGCCAGGGACAAUGCGUUAUUGAAUGACUUAACUCCAGAUCACGUAGACACCCAUCGCAGAUCCAGCCUGCCGAUCGUCUCCACGGAAACGGUCGCGGACGACAACAGUCACGAGCCACCAUCCUUGCCUGUGCCCUUACGAAAGACAUCGUCACCCCAGAAACGACCAAGGAGUGCCUCUACGUCCACGCAGGUGGAUCCUAAUCAUUUCGAAGCCAAAAGAUCAAAGCAAGGAAAUCCCUCCACGCGGCCAAUGUUUAGUCCAGGUCCGACACGACCUCCAUUCAGAAUACCAGAAUUUAAAUGGUCAUACAUACAUCAACGGCUGCUGUCGGAUGUGCUAUUCUCUUUGGAAACAGAUAUUCAAGUGUGGAGAAGUCACUCAACUAAGUCCGUAUUGGAUUUCGUAAACAGCAGCGAGAACGCUAUUUUCGUGGUGAACACUGUCCAUCUAAUUUCGCAGUUAGCCGACAACCUCAUAAUAGCUUGCGGCGGUUUGUUGCCCUUAUUAGCGUCGGCCACCUCGCCAAAUAACGAAUUGGAUGUAAUCGAACCAACUCAGGGGAUGCCAAUCGAAGUGGCAGUUUCUUUUUUGCAAAGACUAGUCAACAUGGCUGACGUACUUAUAUUCGCUAGCUCGUUAAACUUUGGAGAACUAGAGGCUGAGAAAAAUAUGUCAAGUGGUGGCAUAUUGCGACAGUGUUUACGACUGGUCUGUACAUGUGCCGUUAGAAACUGCUUAGAGUGUAAAGAACGUGGCAGAUCGUACAGCAUGUUAGGUCGGCAGAUUGGUUCUAGUAAUAAAUCACAACACAUACAGUCGCUUAUACGCGGGGCUCAGACAUCGCCUAAGAACAUCGUGGACAAUCUUACGCAUCAGUUAAGUCCUGUGAAGGAUCCCGAGAAAUUGCUACAAGACAUGGACGUAAAUCGUUUGAGAGCUGUGAUAUACAGAGAUGUUGAAGAAACCAAGCAGGCACAGUUUCUGUCCCUUGCUAUAGUUUACUUCAUCUCUGUAUUGAUGGUCUCCAAAUAUCGCGAUAUAUUAGAACCGCCAAUAUCGCCGCGUCCACCAAGUCCAGUGCAAACGAUACAGACAAAUGGUGCCGGUCUCAGGCCAGGUAGCCCUUCAGAUGGGAAUGGUGGUGGAGGAGGGCGGCCCUUAUUUCCACAGUGGUCUCACCACGUGUACCCACAGUUCCUCCCAGGAUCUCACCCUAACGCCAAUGCAAAUGUCAAUGCCAAUGCCAAUCAUCACAUCAACCAGCACCAUCACCAGCACCCGCUACCGGCUGCCAGGCACUCUAAUCGCCAGCCACCUUCCAACUAUUAUCUCCCGAAUCACCAUAACAAUCACUACAAUCAUCAUCCGAAUAACUAUCAUCGCCAUCAUCACUAUCAUCACCACAAUAACAACAACCACCACCAUACGCUUCAAAAGCAUAUCGAUCAGCCCCGAAAUCUCUGUCAUAGAAACUCCGGUGUCGGUCUGCAAGGUAGCGGAGGUAUAAUGAGUCAAUCGGGAUCUCAGGAUGAUGGCGAGUAUGAAGUCAUCAUCGUUGACGAGAACAAUUCUUCGAUUUUGGCCGAUCACGACGUCACGUCGUCUGGUCCACCGUCGACCAAGGGAGGUCACAGUGGUGUACCUCGGCCGCGGACUAUUCUCGAGGAUUACACCUCAUCAGAACCAACGCUUGGCACUUCUACAAGGUCCGAACCACUGCCACGAAAUCUGCAGAGCAAUGACUCCAGCGAGGAGACGGUACAUCGCAGCAAUAUCACCGCGGACCCGAGUCCUUCCGAAAUUACCACGGACAACGAAAACAAGCAUAAUUCGUCCGAAGAAGCCUGGACAGACGUGAACCUUAAUGAAGACGGUGAUACGAUGGCUAUUACAAAUCCAAGAGAAGACCCGCGAAACAUCCACAAUAUUGCACACUCGCGUGGUGACAUGCAAGACAGCGAGGGUAAUGUUCUCGAACAAGAAAUGCUCGGCAACGCGGAACGCGGGGAGAAACCGUCGGCGGAAAUCUCUGUGGUGCGGGUUCCCGAUCGGUUGGUGGUAACCGCAGCAUCCCCGAGGGCCGACGAAUUGCCGAUCAAAGGUCUGGUCGAUCAUUUACCCGUACCAACACCUUCCCGUGAGGCCUCUCUCACGCAAAAGCUGGAAAUGGCUUUGGGUUCGGUUUGCCCCCUCCUUCGAGAGAUUAUGGUGGACUUUGCUCCCUUCCUGUCCAAAACACUCGUUGGCUCUCAUGGUCAAGAAUUGUUAAUGGAAGGAAAAGGUUUAACCACAUUUAAGAACAGCAACUCCGUCGUGGAAUUGGUUAUGCUGCUCUGCUCUCAGGAAUGGCAAAACUCCUUGCAAAAGCACGCGGGCCUCGCUUUCAUCGAGCUCAUUAACGAGGGAAGGCUGCUAUCUCACGCGAUGAAGGAUCACAUAGUAAGAGUCGCAAACGAGGCAGAGUUCAUUUUAAACAGGAUGAGAGCGGAUGACGUGCUGAAGCAUGCUGACUUUGAGUCGCAAUGCGCGCAGACAUUACUGGACCGUCGGGAAGAAGAACGUAUGUGUGAUCAUCUAAUUACCGCGGCACGAAGACGCGACAAUGUUAUCGCUAGUAGACUGCUGGAGAAAGUUCGAAAUAUCUUGUCCAACAAGCACGGCGCAUGGGGAUACAUGGAUCCGAUGGCUGCAAAAUUAGCCGAAUACUGGAAACUGGAUGCUUGGGAGGAUGAUGCACGUAGACGCAAGCGUUUCGUGCACAAUCCACUAGGCUCGGGCCACCCCGAAGCUACUCUCAAGGCGGCUCUAGAACACGGUGCACCCGAGGACGCGAUACUUCAAGCGCGUGAAGAGUUUCACGCGCAUCUCGCAGCCUCGCGUGCACACCAACAGCAAUUGCAGUCGACGGAUCUUCUGGAUGACAGUGAAUUGCUGUCGGACGACAGGGAUCUCGACAACGACUUGACAGGUCCGGUGAACAUUAGCACGAAAGGCAAAUUAAUUGCACCCGGUAUCGUGGCGCCAGGCAUCAUUUCCGUUACGUCUACAGAGCUGUAUUUCGAGGUGGACGAGGAUGAUCCGGAGUUCAAGAAAAUCGACAGCGAGGUGCUGAAGUACUGCGACCACUUGCACGGAAAAUGGUACUUCUCCGAGGUGCGCGCGAUCUUCUCGCGGCGUUACCUGCUGCAAAAUGUGGCCAUCGAGAUCUUCCUCGCCAGCAGAACUUCGAUCCUGUUCGCGUUCUCGGACAUGGCGACGGUGAAAAAGAUGAUCAAGGCGCUACCGCGGGUCGGUGUUGGCAUCAAAUACGGGAUACCCCAGACUAGACGGGCAUCGUUGAUGUCGCCGCGACAAUUGAUGAGAAGCUCUAACAUGACUCAAAAGUGGCAGCGUCGGGAGAUAUCCAAUUUUGAGUAUCUGAUGUUCCUGAACACAAUCGCUGGCCGCACGUACAAUGACUUGAACCAGUAUCCUGUAUUCCCUUGGGUGUUAACCAACUACGAAACGAAGGAACUCGAUCUCAGUUUACCAAGCAACUAUCGAGAUUUGUCCAAGCCAAUUGGCGCAUUGAAUCCGAACAGAAGAGCUUAUUUCGAGGAGCGCUUCCAGAGCUGGGAACACGAUACCAUACCGCCCUUCCAUUACGGCACGCAUUAUUCUACGGCGGCCUUUGUUUUAAAUUGGAUGAUACGCGUGGAACCGAUGACAACGAUGUUCUUGGCGUUGCAAGGCGGCAAAUUCGAUCACCCUAACAGACUAUUUUCAUCUAUCGCGCUCUCGUGGAAGAAUUGCCAGCGCGAUACAUCCGAUGUUAAGGAGCUGAUUCCGGAAUUCUUCUUUCUACCGGAAAUGUUAGUGAAUAGUAACCGCUACCGUUUGGGCAGGCAAGAGGAUGGUAGCUCGGUUGGCGACGUUGAAUUACCACCUUGGGCUUCGUCUCCUGAGGAAUUUAUACGUAUAAAUCGAAUGGCACUCGAGUCUGAAUUUGUAUCUUGUCAAUUACAUCAGUGGAUCGACCUGAUAUUCGGUUAUAAGCAGAAAGGCCCAGAAGCCGUACGUGCCACCAACGUUUUCUACUAUUUAACGUACGAGGGUAGCGUGGAAUUGGACACGAUUACCGAUCCAAUGAUGAGGGAGGCCAUAGAGAAUCAAAUUAGGAAUUUUGGACAAACGCCAUCGCAACUCUUGAUGGAGCCGCAUCCCCCGAGAAGCUCGGCGAUGCACUUGUCACCAAUGAUGUUCUCGAGCAUUCCGGACGACGUGUGCAUGACUAUCAAAUUCCCGUCUAAUUCGCCGAUCUGUCACAUCUCGGCUAACACUUAUCCUCAACUGCCACUGCCAUCGGUUGUAACGGUAACUACCGGACAGCAGUUUGCUGUUAAUCGGUGGAAUACCAAUUACGCAGCCUCCGUGCAAUCUCCGAGUUAUGCAGAUACACCUCAGGCGCAGGCUGCCAAUCAACCAUUGUCCAUGGAUCCUGUUCUUUCUCAAGCGGCAAAUAGCUCGAAUCCAACGUUACAACGUCGACAUCUAGGCGAUAAUUUUAGCCAGAAGCUCAAGAUUCGCAGCAAUUGCUUUGUUACAACUGUGGAUAGUCGAUUCUUAGUGGCCUGUGGAUUUUGGGACAACAGCUUCCGCGUCUUUUCCACCGAGACAGCAAAAAUCGUCCAGAUAGUAUUUGGUCAUUACGGAGUCGUCACUUGUCUAUCACGCAGCGAAUGCAACAUUACUUCCGACUGCUAUAUCGCAUCCGGUAGCGCUGAUUGCACUGUCCUCCUUUGGCAUUGGAACGCAAGAACACAGACUAUCGUCGGUGAGGGUGAAGCGCCGGCGCCACGUGCCACCCUUACGGGUCACGAACAGCCUGUGACGGCCGUCGUCAUAUCCGCCGAAUUGGGUUUGGUUGUCUCCGGAUCGCAUUAUGGACCAGUACUCGUCCACACUACUUUCGGCGAUCUCCUACGAUCGCUUGAAGCACCAAACGGAUUUUCAUCCCCUGAGAACAUUGCCAUGUCACGUGAGGGUAUCAUUGUGGUAAAUUAUGAACGUGGACACAUAGCAGCCUUCACUAUAAAUGGAAAGCGUCUUCGUCACGAGUCUCACAAUGAUAAUUUACAGUGUUUAUUACUGAGCAGAGAUGGCGAAUACCUGAUGACUGGAGGUGACAAGGGGAUCGUAGAAGUUUGGCGAACUUUCAACCUUGCUUUACUUUAUGCAUUUCCUGCAUGCGAAAGCAGCGUGCGCUCUCUCGCGCUCGCUCAUGAUCAAAAGUUUCUUCUAGCUGGUCUGGCAAAUGGGUCCAUUGUGAUAUUCCACAUCGACUUUAACAGAUGGCAUCACGAGUUCCAGCAGCGUUACUGAAAUUACGACUUCCUCUUUGCCUAAGAAGGCAAGAUGCACCCUCCCCCCCAAAAAAACAAACUCCUUGCGCUUAACUUUCCAUAUACUACAACAACUUCGAAUUUACAUGUAUUUCUCGGACAAACGGCGCUUGUCGUGUGUUCGAUUUCCUGUGGAUCGUUCACGAGUCUACCGAAUGUACGGGGGCACUAUAUAUUAUUUGCGCGACAUUUGUAUACGGGCCAGCUUCUCGUCAGACUAUCCUUAGAUUUGCCGCAAUUUAUGAUACGCAAAGUAUAUUCUAUCUCAGUCGUUUCGGAUUAGAUGCAAUGAUCGCGGCAAUGAAACGAAUGUGAUGCACUGCGAAUUUUAACGUUUAGCAAUAAACUCGCUUUCGUGGCUGCGUGCAGUGCUUCCGUGUAAAGGAGGUCGAGCGGAGCGUGAUACUGAGGGCGAGGUGCAAUCAGAGUUCCGGCCGUUUUAUCCCGCGUAAUUGCCGAGUGGACGUCAAACCACGUCGCAAAGGAAAAGCUUGUAAAAGCGUGAAAACUAUCACAGCGUGCCGCUCGAAACGCUAGUCAAUUAACGAAGACUCGGAUCUACCUACGUUCGCGAGUGUUCGCGCGAUUUCUUCUCACGCGACGCGGUGAAAAAGGCACGUGUUAUUCCUGAUAUAGUAUAUCGGAAGAAAAAUGAUGACCACGCCGACAUGCGAAGAGAGAAACCGCGUCGAUGAGAGACGGCAGAGCUGAACAUUAUUUUUAUGCCUGGAACUGCACGUGGAUUUGGCCCACGAUAUCCUAGCAUUUAAAUGUCCAAUUGUAAAUACGGAUAUGUAAUUCUUCACGUUAUACAUAUAUACAUACACACGUGCAUACACGCGCGCUUUAUUCCGUAUAAUUAGAGGGGCGAGGAGGAGGAGGCGAGAGGCGUGUGUAACUAUCGCGAGAGGUUUGCAUUGUAUUCUUCUCAGACGUAUUAAUGUCGCUCACGUCGAACUUUUUGGCUAAGCACCUUGUACGUUUAGUUCGGACUACAUGCACGCGAACGCACCGCGUUAUCACUGGUACCGAUAGCGCCGGUAGAGAUGCUUCGCGGGGAAAACCAAGUCGCUGAUCAUUCUCCCGGCCGCGGUAUUAAUCCCCCCCCCCCCUUUCCCCGUCGCCGCCAUCGCCGCCGCCGCAACACUUUCUACACCCUGAUGUUCGCGUCCUUCGAAAGAGAUCCUAAUUUUUAUCAAAGCCGUCCAGCUUAACUUUUUGCGAGGAUAUUUCUUAGUAUUUUCGCACGCGACGUAUAUUAAUCAGCAAAGCAAGUUAUUUAGGCUAAAGUAACAUCCCGAAUUCAUCCUUAACAUUCCGCGACUUGUCGAGGAUCGCGUUUGUGUGUUUGAAUGCGUCGGUGAUCUCUAUAAGAUGACUCGAGUGACGAUAGAGUAGGAUAUACGCGAGACGAGAGAAAGAGUGAGAGAAAGAGAGAGCGUAAAAUGUGAGAAUGAAGAAGAAAGAAAGCAGACGUGCACCUUAACACGCAACAACGAUGGGGAAGAAGAUGCUUGAUCACGCAUAGAAGCGAUAGAAUUACUAGCAUGACUUUCGUUCGUACGUCAUCGUAGAACAUGUGAUAGUCUUGUAGUGUUACUACAGAGUACUAUUGUCAUUCUGAGCCUUGUGUAUUUCGCGAGCUAGUCGUAGACACAGGACACCGUAUAAGUAUAGCCUUCAGUUGUUCGUACGUAUUCCGGACAGUAGUAGUGUAUUGUCGUCAACUUUAUUUUAAUCAUGUAUAACAAGUAAUUACUUAAUCUAUCUAAGGAGACAGCGAGGGAUAGGAAAACCGUUUUUGUUGUUGUUGCUUCAUAGCCAUACGACGAUGUUGGGUGUAUUUUCGAGGUUACCACGACAGUGGUUACAAAAUCUUUGUGUGCGAAAGAAUGAUGGGGGGUGCAAGAACGCGGAGAUAAAAGAAUGCGGGAAAGAAAUGUAAGAAAACGUAGUUUUUAUUCGGAUUUUACGCUGUGAAUCUACAAUGCAUUGUUACAAUUUACACUUGCAUCAAUUAGUAUUUGCUUUACUUAAAACAAAAUGAAAUGUCUUCAAUUUUAGGAGAAUACGUUUGUCAUACGUUACGGAGUGAUAAAAACAAAAGAGUGAUGAACAAAACUCCAGAAUAUAUUAACGCGAGUUUUUAAAAUCUAAAACGCAUCUUUAAUAAAUCUGGGCAGUUAAACAAUUUUAUUGAUUAGCACUGUACAUGGUGUUUGGUACGGAAAUGGCAAGGAACAGAUUUCUCCGCACCUCGAUACGUGUUCUAGUCAAGAAUUACCGUCGAAUUGCUGUCGUGAAUCACCUGCGAUCCUCAGCAUUUAGGUAUCGAUACACUUAAAAAGAUAUGCCGUACUGUUUACGUGUAGUUGUAUAAAGUAAAUGCAUAGUGCCGUCGUUCUUAGCGAUCAAUCACCAGUGGGCUUGCGAGAUCACGGUAGCGUUACGGUCGUAAUAUCGAUUCUUGCUGUGCGCCGGACGAUCAAGAAGGAGACCGAUCUCUCGUAAAUUGAUCGUCGGGUAAUCGUACAAUUUUUAAAUGUAUAGGAGAAUGUUACGUGUGCAACGUGUUAAUAAUGGUGUAUUGCCAUUCGUUAUGGGCGUGCUUCUGCAUGAUUGUUCGUGUCGUUUCGUUCGCGCGAAAGAAUGAGGCAUAAAUGAGAGGAAGGAAGAACGAGGGAGGAGGAUAGGGAUGAGGACACGGAUGAGGUGCCGAAGGUUCAGGGUUGUGUCUGGGUGCUUUCAACAAUAUUGCUAAUUUUUUUACGUGUGGAAACGAAUUUUUAUGUCACGCGUGUAAAUGUUUACUCGAUGUAUAGGCGCACUAUCGACACUUUAUUUUCGCCACGGUGAGAGAAAUACGAGGAAAUGGUUAAAAAAAAGAAAAAAAAGAGAAUCACACGACAUUCCAUCUGCAUUUCCUGCUUUUAGCCGAUUUAUAGUCUGCAUUUGUUCAUCUAUCUAGAUCGACCGGGCUGUGGAAGGAAGAAAGAUGAAAUUGGCAAAGCACACUCCUUGUUCAUAAAAUAGUCAAAUUAAAUGAAAAAAAAGAUGUAAUUAAAUUGCGAGAUAAUGAGGAUGAUUUUAACGACGCGUGGUAGCGAGUUUGACGUGUAUUCAGCUAGGCAGCACGCAAUUUUUCGCAAUUACUCAACGAACGCGAAGGCAGCGUAAUGGAUGAGAAUGCAUCGGGGUGACAUAAGAAGUCGCAUAAGAGAGAAGAGUUUUUAUAUUUGUUUAUAGAUGUGUGAGAAUGUGCUGCACUCUUUAAGCAAGUUGUUAGUGAAUUCCCUCCAUAUUGCUAAUAAACAUAAAAAAAGUUAACUCAGAUCGAUUUCUGUCCGUACUUGAAAACAUUCAGUACAUAAAAAAAAAAUAAAUAUUGCUACUAUUUUAAAUAACGCUAAGUACAACGCUACAAGAGUUUGCCUAUAUUAUUAUUACGAUUACGAUUUAUUGUCGUCAUUAUUAUUAAUAUUCUUAAUUAUUAUACGAUUGUGGCUACAUUAACGUACUUAAUAUCGACGGCUACCUAUAUAGGAGCAUAGAUUUGUAUAUUCGUCGGAUAAGGCCCUUAAUGUUUGCGUGUUAAGUAAUAAUUUUACUUAUCGACACUACGAUUACGAGGAGAUGAACGUAAUAAGAAGAACUGUGUAAAGUUUUAUCCGGUUCAUACGUGCCGCGAGCUGCCCGUAGACAAGUACUUACAUCUAUAGAUUAAUCGACGCGUCUGUAAUGUUAAUAAGCGUAAUCACGGGCGGGACAGGAGAGAUAACAACGCUGCAAAACACAUACACACACGUACACAUACGCGGAUAUAACACUCAAAACGCUUACUUAUUAGGCUCACUUUUAUCUACUUGAAGACCUGGUUUAAAGUCUCUCAAAAGUUAUUUAAGAGCAACGCAGGAGAGAGUCAGCGUAUGAAGCUGUAGCGGGAAAGCUCACGCGGAAUUUCGAAUCGAUCCGUCUCGAUUCUCACGAGGGAGGAUCGUAACCAAUUAGUAAACGAGAGAGCUUUUGUCGACGCGUACGAUCCAGUUUUUUUACAACAUGAUACACGAAAGUCAAUAUAACACGUAAGCCGUAAAGUUGGAGCAGCCUCGAUCGCGCGGACUCAAGAGAGGGGCUCGUCGAGCAUCGUUUGCACCAAUGUUUUAUAAGCACCGACUCGUUUUUCUUUCCUACCUCGAUCUGACGCGACCCGGUCUGACUUCGUGCGUGGAUCACCGGUCGAGCUCUUCCAAUUUACGGAUCACCCGUUUAACUGCACGAUUACAUCUCGUCAGGAUCGAGCCUCCUACCGACUACGGGCGUCCUUUGCAUCCUUCGGAAGUUGGAGUGACGCGCGCGCGAGAAGAAGAAAGAGAAUGAGAGUGUGACCAAACAAUUGUGUUCCGCGAACGAAAUGUAGUUAGUGGCCUAAUUGUUUUGCCAGCGAUGUUAGAGCACGUCCGUGACGGUUCGACGCUCGAUCGGUGGAUGUAGGAUGGACCGAGCGCCUCCGUGUCGAACGAAUCUCGACACUUGUAUUGAUUUUCGGCGAAGCCAAACCGUAAUCACGGGCACCUCGUCAUUGACAGGAGAGAUACGCGGUACAGAUUAUAAUUCCCGCCACUUUUAAAAAGUACUACUAGAUAGAAAAGUACUUAAGUCGUUGCUACAUACCAGUAUAUAUAAGCUCUAUCGCUUAUUUUAUACUUAGAAGUAUUGUAAUGUUCGAUUAGAGGUAAUAUAAUGGGAAAGUUGUAUCUUAGCGUAAGGUAGAAUAAUCUGUAAAGAUAAGUAGUCAAAUAAAUGAAAAGUACAUUUGA